AUGUCUACCACCACCAAACGGGAGUUCGAGGAGCUGGGUGCUCAAUCCCAUUGGCAGCAGCUAUACUGGGAAAUUCGAAAUGAGUCUCAUGACUAUCCUCAUAGUGCCAAGUUUCCAGAAAACAGAGAUCGAAACAUCCGAGACGUAAGCCCAUAUGAUCAUAGUCGUGUUAAACUGCAAAAUACUGAAAAUGAUUCUAUUAAUGCCCGCUUAAUUGACACAGAAGAGGCACGAAGGAGUUAUAUCUUAACACAGGGUGCACUUCCUAACACAUGUUGUCACUUCUGGCUCAUGGUUUGGCAGCAGAAGACCAAAGCAGUUGUCAUGCUAAACCGAAUUGUGGAGAAAGAAACUGUUAAAUGUGCCCAAUAUUGGCCAAUAGAUGACCGAGAGAUGCUGUUUGAAGAAAUUGGAUUUAGUGUGAAGCUCCUGUCUGAAGAUGUGAAGUCAUGCUAUACAGUACAUCUACCACAAUUAGAAAAUACGGAUAGUGGUGAAUCCAGAACAAUAUCUCACUUUCAUUAUACUACCUGGCCAGAUUUUGGAGUACCUGAAUCACCAGCUUCAUUUCUCACUUUCUUGAUUAAAGUGAGAGAAUAUGGCUCCUUGAACCCUGACCACGGGCCUGCAGUGAUCCACUGUAGUGCAGGCAUAGGGCGCUCUGGCACCUUCUCUCUAGUAGACACAUGUCUUGUUCUGAUAGAAAAAGGAGAUGAUAUUAAUAUUAAACAAGUGUUACUGAAUAUGAGAAAUAGCGAAUGGGACUUUAUUCAAACACCAGAUCAACUCAGAUUCUCUUAUAUGGCCAUUAUAGAAGGAGCAAAGUGUAUAGAGGGAGAUUCAAAUAUACAGAAACGGUGGAAAGAACUUUCUAAAGAAGACUUAAGUCCUGCUUUCAAUCAUUCACCGAACAAAAUAAUCAUUGAAAAGUAUAAUGGAAACAGACUCGGUCUAGAAGAAGAGAAACUGACAGGUGACCGGUGUACAGGACUUUCCUCUGAAAUGCAAGAUACCAUGGAGGAAAACAGCGAGAGUGUUCUACGGAAACGUAUUGGAGAGGACCGAAAGGCUACCACAGCUCAGAAGAUGCAGAAGAUAAAACAGAGGCUCAGUGAGACUGAACGAAAAAGAAAAAGGCCAAGAUUGACAGACACCUAAGCAUUCAUGACUUGAGAAUAUUCUGCAGCUAUAAAUUUUGAACCUUUGAUGUACAAAGCAA